AUGAUUAACAUCUUCAAUUCUCCGAUUGAUGCAACACAACUCGAUGAAUUUGCUCAAGGAAAGCAAGAUGAAAACGGAGGAGAAGAAACUGUAUUCGAUGUGAAGAAAAGAAAACCACAAGUCACCUAUGGAAGCGACGGACGACGAAUGUUGGACGGAAUCGUUGAAGAUAAACAAGAGUCGAAUGCUCUUUGGACGACUACAAUCUCCAGAGGAGUCGCCAAUGAAUGGCGUGAAGAAGCGACUGGAACACGUCUUCAGAAGACGAAAAGAUAUAUCUACAAAGUCUCAUACGAUGCUCAAGUACUGGUCCGUCAAACGUAUCGUCGCCAUGCCACUCCAAUACUGAUCGUCACAAAUUUGACACUAUUCCUUUUGUUUAUGUACAUUUGCCGAUUAUUUCCAUUCAAUAAAUAA